AUGGCCUUCCUCUCCACUGAAAUUCUGGGUUUCAUUUUCGGCCUCUUGGGUAAUAUCGUAUCCUUCUUGGUGUUCUUAGCACCAGUGCCAACUUUCUACAGGAUUUAUAAAAAGAAAUCUACAGAAGGGUUUCAAUCCAUUCCAUAUGUGGUGGCACUGUUCAGUGCAAUGUUGUUACUCUAUUAUUCUUUCCUCAAAACAAAUGCUCCCUUGAUUAUGAGCAUUAACAGCAUUGGAUGCGCUAUAGAGACUGCUUACCUAAUCAUUUACCUCAUUUAUGCACCAAAGAAAGAAAAGAUAUUUACAUGGUGGCUGGUAGGAGCCAACUUUGGGAUGUAUGGUUUGAUCUUGCUCCUCACCUUCUUCCUCACUUCCGGAUUUAAGCGCGUAAUGGUGGUGGGAUGGAUAUGCGCUUCCAUUUGCCUUGCUGUCUUCAUUUCUCCUCUCAGCAUUAUGAGUCAGGUGAUAAGGACCAGGAGUGUUGAGUACAUGCCAUUCUAUCUAUCCUUUUUCCUCACUCUCUGUGCUACUAUGUGGUUCUUCCAUGGACUCUUUAUAAAGGACUUCUAUAUUGCAGUGCCAAAUGUAUUCGGAUUUCUCUUCGGAAUUGCUCAAAUGAUCCUAUACAUCAUAUACAAGGAUUCAAAGAAGGGCGGAGAGAGCACAGAUGCAAAGACUGCAAAUUGGUAUCCGACGGUUGAGAAACAAGCAUCCUUGGAGUUGGCAACGAAAACCACCGUUGAUUGCAAGAAGCCUCUUGAGCCACCAUGCGCCUGCAACGUAUGACUGCCAACUCCAUCCUUCAUGCAUUUCCUACGACUCCCAUUGCCCAGGAACAGCAGCAAUUAACCAAACAGCUCGGCUACCAGGGAGGGUUUAGGGUUUAGAUGUCAAGUGCUUAGGGAAGGUAACUCCUGCUUUCGCAGCAGAUUAAUUUCCAAUUGCUCUCUAUAAUAGUGUUACGAAUAAAUGUACUUCAAGUUCUGCUAAUCCUGGCUUCUCUGCAAGAUGGUGCGAGUAUUUUUAAUGGAAUAUUUUUCAUAAG